UUAAAGAACAGCCGCGCCUGGCGCGUUCCUAGAGGAUCCCGGGUGCAGAAGGCGGAAGGGGAGCAGGCGCAGGGGCACUGGAAAGGCAGGAUGCGCCCUCCCGGAGCAACCUCGGCGCCCAGGGUCUGAGGCUGAAGCCCCAGCUCGCCAUUGUGAGCCGCCCGCGGAGCCAGGCGGCGCCACCGUACUCCCGGCUCCCCGUCCACGCCGCGAUGGGGCACCUGCCCGCGAGGACGCGCGGCGGCCGCCGCCUCCUGCCUCUGCUCUGGCUCUUUGUGCUGUUCAAGGAUGCUACCACAUUCCACGUAACUGUCCGAGAUGAUAAUAGCAUCGCUGUCUCUUUAGAAGCUUCAGACGUCAUGAGUCCAUCAUCUGUGUAUGUUGUGAAAAUAACUGGUGAAUCAAAAAAUUACUUCUUCGAAUUUGAGGAAUUCAACAGUACUUUGCCUCCUCCCAUUAUCUUUAAGGCCAAUUAUCAUGGCCUAUAUUAUGUAAUCACUCUGGUAGUGGUAAAUGGAAACGUGGUUACCAAGCCAUCCAGAUCAAUCACUGUGUUAACAAAACCUCUUCCUGUAACCAGUGUUUCAAUAUAUGACUAUAAACCUUCUCCUGAAACAGGAGUCCUCUUUGAAAUUCAUUAUCCAGAAAAAUAUAACGUUUUCACAAGAGUAAACAUAAGCUAUUGGGAAGGUAAAGACUUCCGGACAAUGCUAUAUAAAGAUUUUUUUAAGGGAAAAACAGUGUUUAAUCACUGGCUGCCAGGAAUAUGCUAUAGUAAUAUCACCUUUCAGCUGGUGUCUGAGGCAACUUUUAAUAAAAGCACUCUUGUGGAGUACAGUGGUGUCAGUCAUGAACCGAAACAGCAUAGAACUGCUCCUUAUCCACCUCGGAAUAUCUCAGUUCGUAUAGUGAACUUGAACAAAAACAACUGGGAAGAAGAGAGUGGCAGUUUCCCAGAGGAAUCGUUCAUGAGGUCACAAGAUACAGUGGGAAAGGACAAAGUCUUCCAUUUUACAGAUGACACUCCUGAAAUUCCCUCCGGCAACAUUUCUUCUGGUUGGCCUGAUUUUAACAGCAGUGAUUUCGAAACAACACCCCAGCCAUAUUGGUGGGACAGUGCAUCUGCGACUCCUGAAAGCGAAGAUGAAUUUGUCACUGUGCUUCCCACAGAAUACGAAAACAACAGUACACUCAGUGAGACGGAGAAAUCGGCAUCCAGCUCUUUCUCUUCUUUCCCUGUACAAAUGAUAUUGAGUUGGUUACCACCAAAACCACCCACUGCCUUUGAUGGGUUCCAUAUCCUCAUGGAAAGAGAAGAAAACUUUACUGAAUAUUUGACAGUGGAUGAAGAAGCACAUGAAUUUGUUGCAGAACUGAAGGAGCCCGGGAAAUAUAAGUUAUCUGUGACAACCUUUAGUUCCUCAGGAUCUUGCGAAACUCGAAACAGUCAGUCAGCAAAAUCACUCAGUUUUUAUAUCAGUCCUUCAGGGGAAUGGAUUGAAGAACUCACAGAGAAACCCCAGCACGUGAGUGUCCACGUUCUAAGCUCAACCACUGCCUUGAUGUCCUGGACGUCUCCCCAAGAGAACUACAACGGCACCAUAGUGUCUGUGGUGUCACUCACCUGCCAGAAACAAAAGGAGAGCCAGAGGCUGGAAAAGCAGUACUGCACUCAGGUGAACUCAAGCAAAUCUAUUAUUGAAAAUCUCGUUCCUGGUGCCCAGUACCAGGUUGUGAUGUACCUAAGAAAAGGCCCUUUGAUCGGACCGCCUUCAGAUCCUGUGACAUUUGCUAUUGUUCCAACUGGAAUAAAAGAUUUGAUGCUCUAUCCCCUGGGUCCUACAGCAGUGGUUUUGAGCUGGACCAGACCUUACUUAGGAGUGUUCAGAAAAUAUGUGGUGGAAAUGUUUUAUUUCAACCCUACAACAAUGACAUCAGAAUGGACAACCUACUAUGAAAUAGCAGCGACUGUCUCCUUAACUGCUUCAGUGAGGAUAGCAAAUCUGUUGCCAGCAUGGUACUACAACUUUCGAGUUACCAUGGUAACGUGGGGAGACCCGGAACUCAGCUGCUGUGACAGCUCCACUAUAAGCUUCAUAACAGCCCCAGUUGCUCCAGAAAUCACAUCUGUGGAAUAUUUCAACAGUCUGUUGUACAUCAGUUGGAUCUACGGGGAUGACACCACAGACCUCUCCCAUUCUAGAAUGCUCCACUGGAUGGUUGUUGCAGAAGGAAAGAAGAAAAUUAAAAAGAGUGUAACACGCAAUGUCAUGACUGCAGUUCUCAGCCUGCCUCCUGGAGAUAUCUACAAUCUCUCUGUAACUGCUUGCACAGAGAGAGGAAGUAACACCUCCAUGCUCCGCCUUGUCAAGCUAGAACCAGCUCCUCCAAAGUCCCUCUUUGCAGUGAAUAAAACCCAGACCUCGGUGACUUUGCUGUGGGUGGAAGAGGGAGUAGCUGAUUUCUUUGAAGUCUUCUGCCAGCAAAUUGGCUCCAGUCAGGAAGCAAAACUCCAGGAACCAAUUUCUGUUUCCUCUCAUGUCGUGACCAUCUCCAGCCUCCUUCCUGCCACUGCCUACAACUGUAGUGUCACCAGCUUUAGCCAUGACAGCCCCAGUGUCCCUACAUUCAUAGCAAUCUCGACAAUGGUUACAGAGAUGAAUCCCAACGUGGUGGUCAUCUCCGUGCUGGCCAUCCUCAGCACACUGUUAAUUGGACUGCUGCUUGUUACCCUUAUUAUUCUUAGGAGAAAGCAUCUGCAGAUGGCAAGGGAGUGUGGAGCAGGAACUUUUGUCAAUUUUGCAUCCUUGGAGCGGGAUGGGAAACUCCCGUACAACUGGCGUAGGAGUAUAUUUGCUUUCUUAACCCUGCUACCCUCAUGUCUUUGGACUGAUUAUCUUUUGGCAUUUUAUAUUAAUCCUUGGAGUAAAAAUGGCUUAAAGAAGAGGAAACUGACUAACCCGGUUCAACUGGAUGAUUUUGAUGCCUACAUCAAGGACAUGGCCAAAGACUCUGACUAUAAAUUUUCUCUUCAGUUUGAGGAACUGAAGUUGAUUGGACUGGAUAUUCCACACUUCGCUGCAGACCUUCCACUGAACCGAUGUAAAAAUCGUUACACAAACAUCCUACCAUAUGACUUUAGCCGAGUGAGAUUGAUCUCCAUGAAUGAAGAGGAAGGUGCAGACUACAUCAAUGCUAAUUACAUUCCUGGGUACAAUUCACCCCAGGAGUACAUUGCCACACAGGGGCCACUGCCUGAAACCAGGAAUGACUUUUGGAAGAUGGUCCUGCAACAGAAGUCCCAGAUUAUUGUCAUGCUCACUCAAUGUAAUGAGAAGAGGAGGGUGAAAUGUGAUCAUUACUGGCCAUUCACAGAAGAGCCCAUAGCUUAUGGUGACAUCACGGUGGAGAUGAUGUCGGAGGAAGAGCAGGAUGACUGGGCUUGUAGACAUUUCCGGAUCAACUACGCUGACGAGAUGCAGGAUGUGAUGCAUUUUAACUACACUGCGUGGCCCGAUCACGGGGUGCCCACAGCCAAUGCUGCAGAAAGCAUCCUGCAGUUUGUACACAAGGUCCGACAGCAGGCUAUGAAGAGCAAAGGCCCCAUGAUCGUGCACUGCAGUGCUGGAGUCGGCCGGACGGGAACGUUCAUCGCCCUGGACAGGCUCUUGCAGCACAUUCGGGAUCAUGAGUUUGUCGACAUCCUGGGGCUGGUGUCAGAAAUGCGGUCAUACCGGAUGUCUAUGGUACAGACCGAGGAGCAGUACAUUUUUAUCCAUCAGUGUGUGCAACUGAUGUGGAUGAAGAAGAAGCAGCAGUUCUGUAUCAGUGACGUCAUCUAUGAGAAUGUCAGCAAUUCCUAGCUCAGAAUCCCAGCAAUACAUGAUGGUGUCUUGUGACAUGAACUGCUGUCAAAAUGGACACGGAUGAUAUCCUGAAGCCUGUUACUUUGUGUCACUUUCCUGAGAAAGAAGAGGUGAUGAUACACAAAGUAAAACACUUUGAGUUGAAAGUAAACACAAACUGGCUGCCUGGCCCGGGCUGUCCUGAACUAUCCUGUGUGCGUUUCAGAAGGCUGUGUCCCCCUGUCUGUGUAUCCUUCCCUCGCCCUGGCUCCCCCUUAUCCUAAGAACCUUCAGGAAGGUGAUAUCAGUUUCAUAAGUGAUCAGUGACCAAUGGUGAAGGAUGCCAAGGGAACAGCUCUGCACCCCACUGUCUCUUGUCACUGAGAAGGCCUGGCCACAGCAGAGCUUGGCACAAUCCUUUGCAAGACCUGGCCAGAGAGUCUCAGGUUGGCAUCACUGGGGGAGUGGGCAGAGGUGGGCCAGACCCUGCAGGUUAACAGCUUGGGUUCCCUGGGUGUUAUCAGUUUUGACUUGCAUUCCCCUCCUUCCCCUUCUCACCUCCCCAUUGCCCCCUCCUUCUCUUCUCACUCCCACACCUGAGAUCCCUUCUUGGACAUGUUAAUAAUGUAUUGCUCCAUUCCCAGGAACUAAAAAGUACCAAGUGUUUAUGUGUGACUUCCUUAGGUGUUCACACACAGACAGGUCAGGAGUGAAGUGUGCACCCUGGGGUGAACUGAUAAGACACCUGCUGGUACUAGUGCAUUUCCCAUGCUCACAGACUGGAACUUUACUUCCCUGAAACUUAAAGCGCUUUGUAAAUAUUUUAUGAUUGUCUUGAGCACCCCUUCUUAGCAAGGAUCAAAUAGUCCCAGAUCGAUUUUCCCCAAAGAGAAGAUGAAGUAUCCAGAGAUAGAGGGAAGGUUCAGAGAAAACUCACACCAGCUACUUUACCAGAUCCUCCGUUCAACGGUUUUCACAGCCAUCACUCUGUAUACCCCUGGUACACCAGUGCUCCUAAAAUUGUGAAGUUUAUGGUGGGAAAAGCAUCCAUCUGUCAGAAGACUUGGAUUUUCAUCCUAUUAGGGGACUUUGAAAUUUAUCUGUCCUGAGUCUCCACUGAUGGACUGUGGAAGUGCCUACUAAAAGCACUGUAUUUCACGGGUGUAAAAGGUAUCAGAAAUGAUAUUUCAUGCAAAGAUGCUUUGUAUCUUAUUCUUUCUUGUACCUUAGGGGAUUCUCGAACCACCUCAAUUUCCACUCUAGGAUUCAACUUUAAAAAUUCAGAGCAGAGGCAGUCAGGGCCUCUGUGUUGUUAACUAAGGUAUUUUUAAAUCAUCUGAGUAGUGCUACAGUACAGUCAAUAUGGAGGCAUUAGCACGUGUGGUCCACAGUAGCCUACAUGGUGCUUAGAAAGAGCUGAAGAGUCUGAUUUUACAUAAAUAGCUUAGAGAAUAUCUUUGCAAACCACGGUUUCCUAACAUAUUUAUGUUGCAACACAUGACAUAAAACUUUUUGCAGAGGGGGUGGGGAAAAGUGAAGAGAAAGGAGAGGAAAUAAGAUUUCAAAAUUAACCUUAAGUGAUAAGCCUAAAUAUUUGGCAAUUAUUUCAUAAUAAAAAUCAUGGUGUUUUAAGUUUGAAACAUAGAAAAAGUGCAGUGCAUCAGUUUACUUAAAAAGUCAAUAGUGUCAAAUGUAUUUUGGGGGCAACAGAUUUCCCUUUCUAAAUAUAUUCUGAGUCACAUAAUUUUGGAUUAACAAGAUAUUUAACUUUGAGUGAUACUGAAAUCAAAUUUCUGGGCUGCAAAAGCCAAUUUGGGAAGUUAAUUGAGAAAUGACCUCGAGGCUCUAAUGUAUAAAUUUAA